AUGGCUGACAUAGAUGAGGCCGUCAUUCAUAUGCCUUCGCAGGAUGCGAGCGCUCACAUUGACACCGACCUCUCCGACGAGACUCAGGACUUCCGCAUGCUGAAUAGCAUUUCCUUCCUUACAGAUGGAUCUCAACAAAGUCUCCCCAAACGCGGUGAAAAGGACUUCGAACCGAACCCGACACUCUUUCAAGCCGACAUUCUCUCCGCCUCGCGGCAGGCCAUGCACAAUGCUCUCUCGUACCCUCGUCUACACCACCCAAAGACACAAGUGAUUGGAAUAUACUCUCCCGAUGGCACGGAAAUGGGCGUUCAUCCCGACUCGUGUGUCUAUGUGCCCACCCCCAAGGGACAGUACUUCAAGUCGAUAGGUCAGGCAGAUCGCUGGAACCGCAUUUGGCUACUCCCAGAGGAGGCUCUAUAUCUGCUUGAGAGAGGGACUCUAGAUAUCAGGUGGCCCUGCUCGGAGGUCGGGUGUGCUGACGAGGAGGGAACGGACGACUCUGGAAUCCCCAUGAGCUUACAGGCUGCUUAUGCGGCUUUUAUGGGGCGGAGCGGUCUGACUAGUGAGCGGUACUCGGUUUAUACGGGAUUGAGGCGGUUGGGGUAUACGAUCAUUCGUGCCCCGGGAUGGCACGAUGGAGAGGAGGGUGCAGAGACCAGCGAAUCACAGCAAACCGUACUGGAGAAGCCUCAGGGUCUAGGUCUUGGGAUUGCUGGGGUGUUUAGACAGCUUUUGCAGUGGCUGUACAAACCUGGUAGCGCUACAACUGCGUUGGGGCCUGUUGUGGGGCUUGGGAUUCAUCGCAGUUAUGAUGACAUAUAUCAGAAACUCUCUAUCAUCCCCUGGUACGACCCGACUGCCUCGCCAUCUCCUCCGCCUCCCACGACACCGCCCUACCGUGUAGUCUUCCAUAUCUACAAACCAUCUACGCCAUUCAAGAAAUCCGCCCCUCCGACCCCCGACUUUAGGCUCGCCGUUGUGAAUGCACGUACGAACACUACAAUUCCGACAUCAGCUCAGCUUGGCGCAUUGCUCGAGAGCACCCCGCUUGACCCACCGGUGGGCGAGAAGAUGAGUCGCCAGCUGUACCAGCGACUCCGGUACGGAUACAGAAAUGUGAUCCUGGCUGUAGUAGACGAGGGAGUUGUCAGCUACCUCCGCAUCGCGGACUCGGCAUUCGGCAAGGAGAAGCUCUACAAGGAGAAGAACGCUAAAGGAAACAAGGGACCCUGGCGUCCACGGCCAAAAGGGCGCUGA